AUGUCCCAGAAGGUUAUCCGCCUCAAUGGUCCACGGACAUCGGUUCGCAAUCUCAAGGCUUUCCAAGAGCCAAUCCCUGAGCCAUCCAAGCACGAAGUUCUGAUCAAGGUGCAUGCGGUUUCUUUAAACUUCCGUGAUGUUGCUGUUGCGACUUCCCUAUACCCGUUCCCUGUCAAGGAUAAUGUGAUCCCCUGCUCUGAUGCUGCUGGUGUUGUUGUCAAAGUUGGAGAAGGGGUGAACAAUAUUGCUGUUGAUGAUCAUGUCAUCGGCACUUUUGACAUCUCCAAUCUCUUUGGGCAACAGAUGAACUGGCUAAAUGGUCAGGGUGCUCCUAUUGACGGUGUUCUCCGAGAGUAUGUCUGCAUUCCAGCCGCAUCUGCUGUGCAAAUCCCCAAGGAAUCUCCCUUGAGCUUCUGUGAGUGGUCGACCUUAGUUUGUACUGGUGUGACUGCCUGGAAUGCUCUGUACGGGAACAUCCCAUUGAAGCCAGGCCAGACUGUUCUCUUCCAAGGAACCGGUGGAGUCUCUAUCACCGGCUUGAUCCUUGCGAAAGCCGCCGGCGCAACGACAAUCAUCACUUCCUCCAGUGAUGAGAAGCUUGCCUUUGUGAAAGAGAAAUAUGGCGUCGACUAUACGAUCAAUUACAAGAAACACCCCGAAUGGUCCAAGGAAGCUCUCCGCUUCACUAAUGGUGAGGGUGUCGAUUACAUAUUUGAGAACGGAGGCUCAGGUACAAUUGGUGAGAGUCUGAAUGCUGUUAAGAUGGGAGGCAAUAUCUCAGUCAUCGGAUUCCUCUCUCAAGCUGAACAGUCCAAGAUGCCUGAUGUCGCAUCUUUGGCUCUUGCGAAGGGUGCCGUUGUUCGUGGUAUUGUUGUUGGCUCAACUCAACUUCUCCAAGAGGUUACUCGCUUUGUUGCCCGCAAGGGACUGCGGCUACCUGUUGACAAGGUCUUCGAGUUCACUGAGGAAUCCAUUAUCGAAGCCUACGAAUAUAUGGCAUCCGGCUCUCAGAUUGGGAAGGUCUGUAUCAAGGUGGCUGAAUAG